CAUCUUCUCUCAAUGCUGAAACGAUCUUGCUAGUCCUCGUACAGGGCGCGCUUAUUCCGGUGACUUUUGUACAUUUUGGGAGAUUAAAUUGAUCUCAUCCGUCACGAUGCUGAGCACGGUCAGUCGGCAACUCAGAAGUCAUCCUGCCUUGAUCCCGCUGUUUAUUUUCAUUGGUGGUGGAUGCACCAUGUCUCUGACAUACCUGGCUCGCCUGGCCAUCCGUAACCCAGACGUCUGCUGGGACAGAAAAAACAACCCAGAGCCCUGGAAUAAAAUGGGGCCGAAUGAUCAGUACAAGUUCUUCACAGUGAACAUGGACUACAACAAACUCAAGAAGGACCGUCCUGACUUCUAAAUCUAUCCAGGGAAUUCAGACUCAGUGCUGGACCAAAGGCUUGAUAAAAAACAUACAAACAAAACUAAAGAGCUGCAAGGCCCUGCACUUUUCCUCAACGACCAUUGUUCAUAUAUUAAUUUAUGCAAAGAGACAAAAUCGCACACUCUUUUUGUCUCUGAUUUGCUGGAUCAUUUUUUAAAUAUUGGGUCUCUGAUGUCUCUUGUAUUUUCCUUCCAUUCUUUGUUAAUAGAAUAAAUUAAUAAAAGAGAAUUUUCUCCCACCUUCAAAAAUAAACAA